AAAAAACCACCACCGUUGAUUCGUCCAUCAGUUUCGAAAGGUGCAGCACCGCCGGAAGCAAUCAACAUAAUGCGUCAAUGUUGGGCAGAACAGCCGGAAAUGCGUCCAGACUUCUGCGCCGUUUAUGAUCUGUUUAAGAAACUCAAUCAUGGACGGAAAGUCAACUUCGUCGACACGAUGUUUCAAAUGCUGGAAAAGUAUAGUAAUAAUUUAGAAGAUCUUAUUCGCGAGAGAACAGAACAAUUGGACAUAGAAAAAAAGAAAACUGAGCAACUCUUAAAUAGGAUGCUGCCGAGUUCCGUCGCGGAGAAACUGAAACUCGGUUUAGCCGUUCAGCCUGAAGAGUUUUCCGAAGUGACGAUUUAUUUCAGCGACAUCGUGGGUUUCACCUCAAUAGCCGCCCAUUGCAGUCCGGUGCAAGUUGUGGAUCUACUGAACGACCUUUACACGUGCUUUGAUGCCACCAUUAACGCUUAUAAUGUGUACAAGGUCGAAACAAUAGGAGAUGCAUACAUGGUCGUAGGAGGCUUGCCGACUCGAACUCCGGAUCAUGCUGAGCAAAUUGCUUCGAUGGCACUUGAUCUUUUGCACCAGUCGGGGACUUUCAAAAUAAGACACUUGCCUGGGACACCUUUAAGAUUACGAAUAGGACUUCAUAGUGGACCUUGUUGUGCGGGUGUAGUUGGGCUAACGAUGCCGAGAUAUUGUUUAUUUGGCGACACAGUCAAUACAGCUUCUAGAAUGGAAUCAACUGGGGCACCCUGGAGAAUCCAUUUAUCGCAAGCCACUCGGGACUAUUUAGAGCAAGCCGGUGGAUACGUUUUAGAGGCGAGAGGUUCCACCGAAGUCAAAGGCAAAGGGGUCAUGACCACGCACUGGCUCCUAGGCAAACAUGGAUUCGAUAAACCUCUUCCUACACCUCCCACUCUUGGAGUAAAUGAAAAUAUUAUCAUAACUGCGUCAGAAACAUCGCUUCCAGCUAGAAGUAGCAUGACAACACAUUCAUUUCAAAGGCGUUCUCUUGAAUCAGCUAGCGAUCCUGGAACACCGUCAAAGUCUUGUUACGAAAAACACUACGGAACACAACAAAGAGAUCGUUAUACUUUUGAUGUUGAAAAUUUUCAAGAAACUCAAAACCAAAUAGAUACUUAUUUUGCUAAACAUGAUUUAUACAAGAACUCGAAUUUCUCAGUAGAUGUGAGCGAUCCAGAAGCAAUUGAAAAUCUCAGAAGUCCAGAUAAGAGGCAAGCCCAUCUCUCUUGCUCUCAAGAUGCAAGUGGAACAAGUUACCAUAAAACUUCUUCGACGUAUGAAUUAGGAGCAAACCUUUUCUUUGAACCUAGAAAAAGUUUUAGUAAAUUCAGGCAUGCAGAUGUAAUAGAGGAGCAUGAUCUCAGCUCGCCAUACAACCAUUAUCGGUGUUUGAGCCCUAGUGAUAGUAAUCUUAGUCAACCAACAAAUUCAAAAUCAUGCGAUCAUCGAUUAAGGUUUCUAAAAAGACAAUUUAGUUUAGAUAGGAGUGAGGAGCCAUGUUUAACCUCGACAAGCGAUAAUUUACAGGUCAGAGCACCUUUGCACAAACAAAAUUCAGCCGGUGCUGCAAAUGAUUUGGAGAAAAUAGAAGAAUUACCAUUAAAAUCACCGAAAGUCAGCACUAUACCAAAAAAUGCUGUAUCACUAAGUGUAGACGCUUUGGCGUUGCAUUAAAAAUUAGUAUAACAUGCAUUUAAAAAUGUUUUAACAAAUAUUUAUUCAUUAUAUAACGUUGCAUUACAUGGAAUAAUUGUGGGGACAGUUCAGACAUUUUCUAACGUAUCUCCUGUAAAAUAAAA